AUGCGUUGGGUCGCGCUUUUCGGUGGCCUCUUUCUCUUGCCAGACGUUCUCGCCGUAAAAUCCCAGGACUUCAAAACUUGUUCCCAAUCCGGGUUUUGUCGUCGUGGCCGUGCUCUAUCCACGCGCGCAAAGGAAGCAUCGUCUUCCUGGAAAUCUCCCUACUCUGUAGAUCCCUCUUUGGUGACAGUUUCUCCCAAAGAAGCUAUUGCAAAGGCUGCAGUAAAAUCAUCCUUAUACCCCGACAUCAAAUUCAGCUUGGAAGUACGUGUUCAUGAUGACGGCGUGGUCAGAGUUCGCAUGGACGAAGUGGACGGUUUGAAGAAACGUUAUGAUGAGGCAGCGUCUUGGGCUCUGGUUGAUGAACCUACAAUUAGCAACACGGUUUCAUGGACUGCAGGCAAGAAGGAUCUACGAGCGGUCUAUGGUGUGAAGAAGGAGGUCGAACUAAUCGUGCAGUACGAACCCUUGAAGGUUUCUUUACUACGAAAUGGCAAGGAACAGGUCGUACUCAACGGUCAAGGAUUACUUCAUAUGGAACACUUCCGCAACAAGGAGCCACCAAAGGAGGAGAAAAAAGAAGAAGAAACUAAACCUGAAGGAGAAGUUGCCCCGGAUGCAGGGGCAGAGCAAGUUGUUAUGCAGGUUGAGCCCGAAGCUAAAGUAGAGAAUCCUCGAGCUUGGUUUGAGGGCGACUCGGAGGAUGCAUACUGGGAGGAAAGCUUCUCGUCAUGGACAGAUUCUAAACCGAAAGGUCCCGAGUCUCUCUCCAUCGAUAUCACGUUCCCCAACCAUGCCACUGUGUAUGGUAUCCCCCAACAUGCCACGAACCUUGCUCUACCAACCACAACAGGCGACUCACCCACGUUCAGUGACCCAUAUCGUCUUUACAACGCUGAUGUGUUUGAAUACCUUGCAUCUUCCCCCAUGUCCUUGUACGGCUCCAUCCCUGUCCUCCAUGCCCAUUCAGCCGACUCGACUGUGGGCAUUUUCCACGCAGUUGGAUCUGAAACCUGGAUUGACAUUGGCCAUAGCUCGGAAAAAUCUACUGAGACCCAUUGGAUAUCCGAGUCUGGUAUUAUGGAUAUCUUCCUGAUGCCAGGACCUACGCCCGAAGCGAUAUUCGCUCAAUGGGCCCGGUUAGUUGGUCCUACACCUCUACCCGCACAAUGGAGCUUGGGUUACCACCAAUGCCGAUGGAACUAUGUCAGUUCAGAUGAUAUAAGGACGGUCCAGAAACGAUUCGAUGAGGACGACAUGCCCGUGGACGUACUCUGGCUGGAUAUCGAAUAUGCAGAGGAACACAAAUACUUCAUGUGGGACAAGAAGAACUUCCCCGACCCUGUCAAAAUGACGAACGACGUUGCGGCUGUUGGGCGAAAGAUGGUAGUGAUCAUUGAUCCUCACCUGAAACGUACAUCAAAUUAUCCUGCUUACCAAGAGGCUACGGAACGCAAACUUUUGGUGAAAACGAAAUCCGAGGAUGAGUACGAAGGAUGGUGCUGGUCCGGUAGCAGUGCAUGGCUCGAUAUGUUUAACCCUGCGACCUGGCAAUGGUACAUUGAUCUUUACAAGACGGACAAACGGGAUACGUGGUCGUGGACGGAAAGUACCACGGAUAUUCACAUAUGGAAUGAUAUGAACGAGCCUUCCGUCUUCAACGGUCCUGAAAUUACUAUGCCCAAGGAUAAUAUUCACCAUGGCGGUUGGGAACACCGUGACAUCCACAAUAUCAAUGGAAUGCUUUUCAGCAAUCUAACUUCGCAGGCCGUGAUGUCUCGUACCGACCCUCCCCAACGUCCUUUCGUGCUCACUCGUUCAUUUUACGCCGGUUCUCAUAGAUUUGGUGCAAUGUGGACCGGUGAUAACCUUGGAACCUGGGAACACAUGGCUGUCGGUAUCAAGAUGGUCCUAGCAAACGGCGUUGGUGGAUUUGCUUUCGCUGGAUCUGAUGUCGGAGGUUUCUUUGGGAAUCCCGAACCGGAGAUGCUUGUUCGUUGGUACCAAGUUGGCGUGUUCUCUCCGUUCUUCCGUGCCCACGCGCACAUCGACACCAAGAGGCGUGAGCCUUUCCUUCUCGAUGAACCGCACAAGAGUAUUGUACGGGAUCUCCUCCGUCUGAGGUAUAGCAUGUUGCCGAUAUGGUACACUGCAUUCCGUGAGACUUCUGUCACUGGUUUGCCGGUGGUUCGCCCUCAUUACGUUGUCUUCCCCAAGGAUAAGGCUGGAUUUGAAUUGGAUGAUCAGUUCUGGCUCGGUUCUUCUGGUUUGUUGGUAAAACCAGUGACUGAGAAGGGUGCUACUGAAGCUUCGGUUUAUAUUCCCGAAGACCAGGUUUACUACGACUACUUCAGCAACCACGCUUACCGCGGAAGCUCGAAGGGGAAAAACGUCACCGUUCCCGCUGCUCUCCAUCAACUCCCCCUUCUCCUCCGUGGCGGCUCAAUCCUAGCCACUCGAGAACGUCCAAGAAGGUCUGCACCCCUCAUGAAAUUCGAUCCUUUCACUCUUCGUGUAGCCCUCAGCAAGACCGGAUCGGCACGAGGAGAGCUGUACCUUGACGACGGCGUCUCCUACUCAUACCGUGACGGUAAUUUCAUUUGGCGCGAAUUUGUCGCAGAACAACCUCAGAAGCGAACUUUGCGUAUCUCAAACAAGGACCUCGGAAAGGCGCAACCUGAGAAAGCUGUGGAUAGCGCAGCCUUGACGAAAUUCGAUCCGACCAAUGCUUUCGCAAAAACGGUCAAGGAUGUUCGGGUUGAGAAAGUCGUGGUGGUCGGGCUGAGUGGAAAGCCAUCUAGUGUCAAAGUGGAAGGAAGUGGUAAGCAGUUGGCGUGGGAAUAUACCCUUGGAGUAGCCGCUGGAGAGAAGAAGGAAGGAACCGCUAGUGUGCUUACCAUUAAAGAUCCCAAGGUGCUCGUUACCGAGGAUUGGGCACUUUCGAUACAACUUUAG